GAUGGCGGAGGACUCGCUAGGGGACCCGGAAGCACUUACCCUCCACUUCCUCUUGUUUGCCUUCUACCUCACCUACAGCCGUCCGGUCGCGGACUGUCUCCGAGACGCUUCCUGUCCGUAACAGAGUCACCAUGAUUCUUCAGAGGCUCUUCAGGUUCUCCUCGGUCCUUCAGUCUGCAGUCUCGGUCUGCUUGAGGAGGAAUGUUGGUGUGACAGCAGUGGCAUUUAGUAAGGAACUUGAUCCUGUACAGAAGCUCUUCGUGGACAAGAUUAGGGAAUACAGAACUAAGCGACAGUCGUCUGGAGGGCCUGUUGAUACUGGCCCAGAGUAUCAGCAGGAUUUGGAGAGGGAGCUUUUUAAGCUUAAGCAAAUGUAUGGUAAAGCAGACAUGAAUACGUUCCCUGACUUCAAAUUUGAGGAUCCCAAAUUUGAAGUCAUCGAUAAACCCCAGUCCUGAAGAAAUGUCAAAUUUAUCUGGUAAUUUUCACUAGAUAAGUUGUACAACUGAUCAGAAGUCCCAGAAUAAACAUACAUUUCAACAAC